UUGUAUAUUUAUUUAGCAGUAAUUACAAUCUAAGAUUUAAUUUUGUAUAUGGACACUGUACAUAGAAUAUAAAUCAUCACGUGACUAUAAAUCAGCAAUAUAGAAUACGCAAUAGCUGUUUCUUAUUCAAAACAUUUUCAAUAUGAAACAGUCAUGAAACUUCGUUUUCGACGAAACAGUACGAGUGCAGGAAAUCGCUUUCUCUAGCCUCAAUGACGUACCCUGUACAAACGGAUGUUUAAUAUUGUUGCCAAUAGAGCUAAUAUUAUUCAAAUAAACCAUUAUGAACCAUUAAAAGAAAAUACGACACGUAAAAUACAAACGAGCGAUAGAUUUUGUGAAUUCGUAGCCACACAUCGACGCCAUGAAUCUACGACUUUGACGCGAUUUUAGCGGAAACAAGAUGGAGUAAAAAAGUACUGAUGCUCUGGGUAAUUGGCUGCCCCUAAACCGGCCCUGGUGAGAGCGGGAUAGAAAGAGAAAGAACGUACAACAAAGAUGGCGGAUAAGUGGGGACGGUGGAGGAGGCACAACGUAGGAGGAAGAGGACGAAGAGAUUGCAGAGUAGAAAGAGAAGAGGAGAAAAGAGGACAAGACUAUAGGGUGCGAGAUUCGCUAAGAGGGGCAAAGGGAAGAGGUGAUGGGUGUAGAGGGGUUCUCAACGAAGAGAAGAGAUGAGAAAAGCCAAGAGGAGAGGUAGCGAGAAGAGAGAUAGACACGGCUCGAAAGGGACGAGUGCGGCUUGGGGGUUUGGUUAGCUCGUUCGACCCGUUAUCCCUUCUCUCCCGGAGUUCCGAGUUCUCCCUACCUGUCCUUGCUUCGAUUCGAACGAGUCCCACCACUCUCUCCCCUCCGGGAGCGUACGAAAAGUUUCCCCUUCCAGAGAUACACUUCACCGGCUGGCGGGCGACGAUCGCAAUUGCAAGCCGCCGCUUUUCGAGGUAGACUCGUUUCGUUCCCCUACUCUCUGCUCCCCACUAUGAGGCACACAGCGAUACUAGCCAGCGAGCCAUACUACGCUCCCGCCACGGUGACGUCACUCUGAGUAGUGUAGUGCAGUGAGAAGGAGCGAAGCGAGCUCCAUCCGCGUUACAUGGCCCAAGUGAACGAAGCGAGUGCGUUUAAGACGUACAUAUACAAGCGUGCAUUGUAGCGCGAUCGAGUUGACGAAAAUAUCAUUAAUUUGUUUGAUUAAUGCACGUUAUGUGACACGACAAGUUAUUCGAUCGCGAGAAAGAUAGAAGAAUUUGCGCUUCGCUGAAAAAUAUAUUCGACGUAUAAUUCCAUUAACGAAAUACGAGAGCGGUGAUGAUAAUACAGUGAUGUGAAAUAAGCGACUACACGAGUUAUAAGUGAAGUAAGAGAAAAAGAAAUUAAAGUAAGAAAAAAAGAAAAAAAGUGUGUUCGUGUGCGCGGUAAGAGUUACACCUUGUAAUAUUUAGCAGAAAGAAAAGGCAACGAUUCGUAAAUCGAUUGUUCUUUUUUUGAGUGGGGUUUUCGCGAGAGUUUGAAAGCGUAUUCACAGCCUCUUCGUCGGUGUACGACAAAAAACGAGAGGCGUUCGAAAAUUUGCAGGCAAAUCAACGCGAGUGUGAAUAUGCUUGGCAAAUAUGCGUUGGGAUGUAUCGCCCGCGCAUUGUGCCCGGUGUGCUUGGUGUGACGUGUGAUUAAUCGCUUUUCUUCAUACGCGAUUCAGUGGUAUACGAUGUGGUGUUCGGCGACGGUCCUGAUCCUUCUAGCCGUUGCCAUCAGUGGUGUCCACUAUCGAGGCUCCUCCUCUUCUUCUUCGUGGUCGUCGUUGUCGUCAGCGUGCGUCGCGACGCAAAAAUUUUAUUGCGAGAGCUCUGUAGCCACCCUCUUCUGUUGGCCGAUCGUUCCACGGCGCUGCCCUGACGACAGCACUCAUCGUGCUUGGGGUCACCACCUUCCGGCUAGUGACUAGUGAUAAUUUGUUUGUUGCCAGUGAUUAAAUUGGGAGUGUCGAAGUGGGAGGAAGCUCCUUUCUUCGUCGUGGAAUACAUGUAACGGUUUCUUCGUUUCUUGUCGCGUGUGUAUCGCGAGCUAUACAUGAGAAAGUUUCUUCUCGUGAAUUGAAUAAGAAAUAUCAUUUGUGUCAUAUCGAAUCUAUUAUUUACUUAUUGAUUUGUCGCGAAACAAGUAAACACCGAUUGCAAAAAAUCCGGCAAAGAGAAAAGAAGUUUCUUUUAGCCGACCUGCUGGCGGUAUUGAAUAUCGGUGGUGUGGUGAGAGUGUGCCGUGAUUAGCGUCGGGCGAAGUUGUGUGUCGUUGUACAGUGCCGCCAAACGAUACCACAACAUCCGAUCCCAAAUGAAGAGUUCGGAGCAAAAUGGUUAGAGAGACACGUCACUUGUGGGUUGGAAAUCUGCCGGAAAACAUCCGAGAGGAUCGUAUACGAGAGCAUUUCAAACGAUAUGGACGCGUGCAGAGCGUCAAGUUGCUGCCGCGGGGCGAAGAAUGCCCCGUGGAUGGAGGUUCCGGUGGUUCCCUCGGAGAAGGUAAUGAGGGUGGUUCCGGUUCCAAUUCUGGCAACGGUGGUAGUGGCGGGGGCAGCGGUUCCUCAGGCAGCACCGGGGGUGCCUCCGCGACGGUGGCGUUCAUGGAUAUCAAGUCCGCAGCGAAGGCCCACGCGACUGAACAUACCUUGGACGAACGAGCCCUUACCACACAAUACUACGAACCACAGCAUCUUCAGCACAGGUUUCCCUCGCACGGAAGUUCGGAGGAUCACGGAUCCGGCGGGGUUAGCGGAGGUGGAGUUAGCGGAGUCGGAAGCGGCGGCGGCGGUAGUUCCGGGAUCGUCAGCGGGAGCGUUGGAAGCGGAGUCGGCGGCGGCGGCGGCGGUGGCAGCGGCGGUGGCGGUGGCGGCGGCGGCGUCGCCGAUAGUAUCUCAGUGACAUCUUAUGGAGACUAUAGUCGUUCGCAGUACUUCAGUGACAUCUUAUGCAGAGUUAUUGUAGUCGCUCAAUGGCCUCAUCUUAUGAAGAGCGACUAUAUGACAUUUUAUGGAGAACGAUUACAAUUGCCUUCAAUAGUACCUCAGUGGCAUCUUACGGAGAGUGAGUAUAGUAUCUCAAUGGUACUUUUAUGGAGAGCGACUAUAGUCACCUCAGUGGUAUUUUAUGGAGACUAUAUAAUCGUCUGUAGUAUUUCAGUGACAUCUUAUGGAGAGUGA